AUGGACGAGGCGAUGGAACUUUCUCAUUCCGUCAUCAAGCACAUUUUUUAUGGGUCCGACACGGGACUUCGUGUCAAGCUUCGUCCCGCAAAACGCGUCCGAGUCGCCUCUGCACCGUUUGUCAUCGCUGCCGCUUUCGCGAACACGACACGCAUAGAAACGAUGAGUUAUGGAGAGACCGUCGAAGACAGACCGAGGAAGAAGGCCAGAUUUUUCGUUGACGACCCUCCGGAAGCAGAUUUAGGUCAAGAAACCCCGAUACCAGGCGGGCUUGAACCGCUUCCAGAUACAGCUGUUGCGCGGCCAGACCAAGCAGUCGUCGGAUUCGAUGCUGACUCCUUGGAGGCUAUUAUUGGCGAGAAGCUGUCAUUCGAAGACGUGCAGACGCUUAGAGAUCUCAGUAAUGGCAACGUCGAGCAAGCCAUCAACUUGUACUUCGACGGAUCCUUGAAAAAAGCAGCUUCAGCUAGCACGUCGACUAUCAAAAGUAGUGGACGACCAAAAAUUCCUUUACGAAGCUUCCAGGAGCAUGGAGAGGUAGCUAAUUCCUCCGAGUCCCUCCAAUUACCGACAGAGCGAAAGGAGAGUCCGCAAACAUGGAAGUCCAUGCCGUACAAAAGAUAUAUCGGCUCAUUCGGCGUUACGGGCUGGGCAACAAGAAGUGGCACCGGUCUUAUACAAUAUGGAGAGAACAUUACACUCGAACGCAUUAUUCCCCACCAAUCUAUAAAAAAAGCUGGCAAGCUUGGCCGCGCUGCUAGGACGGACGUAAUUGUGCGAUUCAAGAACGCGAAGAACGAAGAGGUGGGACGUCUCGAAGCAGAGACUGCUCAAUGGAUAUCUGGGCUACUCGAUCAGAACGUGUGCACUUUUGAGGGCAGCUGUGUGUUUGCGCCUGAUCGGAUCAGGACGAGCGAUACUAUCUAUUUGCAGUUGAAAUGCUUCUUGCUCCGGGACAUUUUUACUAGCGCAUCGAUCAUCAAACCGCUAGAUGAUAAUCGCCAAGCCAUGUUUUACGAGUCAAAGGAGUCGGAUGAUGAGCGAAGACUGAGGAUGCGGCAAGUAGGAUUGGUCAAACUCUUUGAUGAGAUUAAACUGAGCCCUACAAGAGUCAACGCCCAGACUGAGAAACACAAGCGACAAGGACUUCUGGCAGCUGCUGAGAUCGCGGAGAAAUAUGAAUUACAAGGUUCUGGACAGUCAGGAAAGAACAAUGCAGAGAAUGGUAGCUCGUCGCCCCCUUCAGAAGAGGAAGAAGGCCAAGAACUUGAGCAGAAUCAGCUUGACUCGCUUUACGAGAAGGCCCAAUCAUUUGAUUUUAAUACACCUGAAGCCGAGCCACCCGACACUUUUAAUAUGGAGCUCCGGAAAUAUCAGAAACAAGCAUUGCAUUGGAUGCUAAGCAAAGAGCGGGAUCAGAAGGCGGAGCAUAAACAGCAGUCUAUGCAUCCGUUGUGGGAGGAAUACGCCUGGCCUACCAAGGAUGCAGAUGAUAUGGACGUGCCUACUGUCGAAGGGCAGUCGACAUUCUAUGUGAACCCAUAUUCCGGCGAAAUGUCCCUCGACUUCCCGGUACAGGAGCAAAACUGUCUAGGUGGUAUACUUGCAGAUGAGAUGGGUCUGGGGAAGACAAUAGAGAUGCUUAGCCUGAUCCACAGUAACCGAAUAGACAGUCAAACGCUGGGGACGGACAGAAGCGGCACUGUCAAUGACCUACCCAGAUUACCCAGAAUUUCUGCGAAUGUCGAACGUGCACCAGCAACGACUCUGGUCAUUGCUCCCAUGUCGUUACUCGCGCAAUGGCAAAGUGAGGCCGAGAAGGCGAGCAAACCUGGAACCCUCAAGACGAUGAUAUACUAUGGCACGGAGAAGAAUGCAAACCUCCAGAGCUUGUGCUGCACCGCGAAUGCAGUGAAUGCUCCAAACCUCAUUAUCACAAGCUAUGGCGUUGUGCUUUCUGAAUACAAUCAGGUUGCAUCCAGCGGAGGUGACCGUGGCUCAAGUGGUGGUUUGUUCUCCUUGGAUUACUUUCGCGUCAUCCUUGACGAAGCACAUUUUAUCAAGAAUAGACAGUCUAAAACGGCGAAAGCAUGCUACGAACUCAGAGCCUUGCACCGAUGGGUCCUCACAGGAACGCCUAUCGUCAAUCGCUUAGAGGAUCUUUUCAGCUUGGUUCACUUUCUACGCGUCGAACCGUGGAGCAAUUUCUCUUUUUGGAAAACCUUUAUUACAGUGCCUUUCGAAUCAAAAGACUUUCUCCGUGCUUUGGAUGUAGUGCAAACAGUCCUUGAGCCCUUGGUGUUACGGAGAACGAAGGAUAUGAGAACUCCUGAAGGAGACCCGCUGGUGCCUCUCCCACCACGCAUGAUCGAGAUAGAUCAUGUUGAGCUUUCAAAGCCUGAGCGCGAGGUCUAUGAUCAUAUCAUGCUCAGAGCUAAACGCACGUUUGCUGCUAAUGAGUCGAAUCUCAUGAAGGCAUAUACGACUAUCUUUGCUCAGAUUCUGAGGUUGCGACAGACAUGUUGUCAUCCAAUUCUGACGCGGAAUAAGAAUGCUAUCGCUGAUGAACUUGAGGCCGGUGCUGCUGCUGAUGCUGUGGAUGGUCUUGCUGAUGACAUGGAUCUAGAUAUUCUGCUCGAGCGGUUUGAGGCUGAGGAGCAGGACGCGAAUAAAUUCGGAGCACAUGUGCUCAAACAAAUUCAAGACGAGGCUGAUAACGAGUGUCCAAUCUGUUCAGAAGAGCCUAUGAUUCAACAAGCUGUAACAAGCUGCUGGCAUAGCGCCUGCAAGGAAUGCUUGCUGAGUUAUAUUGAGCAUCAGACAAGCAAAGGGGAAUUGCCUCGUUGCUUCAACUGCCGCGAGCCUGUAACACCGAGAGACGUCUUUGAGGUGGUCCGGCACGAUGAUGACGGCUACGAAGGCUCACGUGUCUCACUUCGACGCACCGGCGCUGAACCAUCAGCCAAAAUUGCAGCAUUGUUAUCUCAAUUGAAGGCAUUGCGUAAGGAAGCUCCCGGCACCAAAUCUGUUGUCUUUUCUCAAUUUACGUCCUUUCUCGAUCUAAUCGAAGCCGCCCUGACCCGGGAUCGUAUCUCAUACGUUCGAUUCGAUGGAUCAAUGACUCAAAAAGCGCGCGCAGCAGUUAUAUCUGAGUUCACAUCAUCGCCUAAGGGUCUAGUCCUGCUUCUCAGCCUGAGAGCUGGAGGCGUUGGCCUGAAUCUGACGGCAGCAAAAAGAGUAUUUAUGAUGGAUCCUUGGUGGAGCUUUGCGGUAGAGGCGCAGGCCAUUGAUCGAGUUCACAGAAUGGGACAAGAUUCAGAGGUUAAGAUCGUGAGAUUUAUCGCGAAGGGCAGCAUUGAGGAGAAGAUGUUGAAAAUUCAAGAGAGAAAGAAGUUCAUCGCAAGCUCGCUGGGAAUGAUGUCAGAUGAGGAGAAGAAGCUGCAGCGCAUUGAGGACAUCAAAGAACUGCUUAGCUAGCACAGCUUUGCAUGAUUUUAUCAAACAUACCACACAAAUCAUUCACUUCUACACGGCAUUCGCAUUGAAUUGAAAUACGACCAGCUUCGCCUUCUAUCAACUUCCCGUUAAGUCACACGAUGUUCUCAACAUGAGUGAAAAAUCCUCUGAAUACAGCUGCAAAUGUCUCUUCUGGCAUUUACGUUCCAUGUUUGAGCAGGCUAUCAAACUUGAUUGUACUUGAAAGUGGUUUCGUUAUUCCGGUGCUGUUCGCCUCGCGCACUAAUUCUUCCAAUCUCAAUGUAAAACAGGUUGAGAGUAUUAAUUUGCAUGCGUACUCUUACAUACAUACUGGCAUACGAGUUUUCACGGGGUUACGUGCUAUCAGUUACCGUAAAACUAACAUAUGUGGG